AUGGCAGCCGAUAUGAGCGGCGAACAGAUGCAGGCUAAAAUUACCGCCGCCAGGCGCGAAGCUGAAGGGCUGAAGGAUAAGAUCAGACGCCGCAAGGAUGACCUUGCCGACACAAACCUGCGUGAUGUCGCGCAGAACCAAACCGACCCCUUGCCUCGCAUUGGAAUGAAGCCUCGGCGAACGCUCAAAGGUCACUUGGCCAAGAUUUAUGCCAUGCACUGGUCAACCGACCGUCGCCAUCUCGUUUCCGCCUCGCAAGAUGGAAAGCUCAUCAUCUGGGAUGCAUACACCACGAACAAGGUACACGCUAUUCCGCUGAGAUCAUCAUGGGUCAUGACCUGCGCCUAUGCCCCCAGUGGAAACUAUGUUGCUUGCGGUGGUCUGGACAACAUUUGCUCCAUUUAUAACCUUUCCUCUCGAGAGGGCCCAACUCGUGUCGCGCGCGAACUCUCCGGCCAUUCGGGCUAUCUUUCCUGCUGCCGUUUCAUUAACGACCGUCGCAUCAUCACCUCUUCAGGCGAUAUGACUUGCAUGCUCUGGGAUAUCGAGUCUGGCUCCAAGGUCACCGAAUUUGCGGAUCACCUCGGCGACGUUAUGUCUAUCAGCAUCAACCCUACUAACCAGAACAUCUUCGUCUCGGGUGCCUGUGAUGCUUUCGCCAAGCUUUGGGAUAUCCGUACUGGAAAGGCCGUCCAGACUUUCGCUGGCCACGAAUCCGACAUUAACGCUAUCCAAUUCUUCCCAGACGGCAACGCUUUCGGCACGGGUUCUGAUGAUACAUCUUGCCGUCUUUUCGACAUUCGCGCAGACAGGUCGCUCAACAUCUACCAGAGCGACCAAAUAUUGUGCGGUAUUACGUCAGUUGGCUUCUCAGUUUCGGGAAGAUUACUUUUUGCUGGUUAUGAUGACUUUGAAUGCAAGGUUUGGGAUGUUCUCCGUGGAGACAAGGUUGGAUCUUUAAGUGGCCACGAGAACCGUGUCAGCUGUCUUGGUGUCAGCAAUGAUGGUAUCAGUCUCUGCACUGGGUCUUGGGACUCACUGCUCAAGGUCUGGGCCUGGUAA